AUGAGGAGGCUGUUGGUUCUGGCUUGUUUGGUAGCUAGUGUGCAUGGCUGCGGCCGUCCCACUUUCCCUCCAGUGCUGAGCAGGGUGGUGGCAGGAGAAGACGCCACGCCUCAUAGCUGGCCCUGGCAGGUCUCACUGCAGUCAGACAGCAGUGGGCGCUGGAGUCACGUCUGUGGAGGCUCCCUCAUCUCCUCUGAGUGGAUCCUCACUGCUGCACACUGCAUCAAUGACCGCUACAACUACCGAGUGGAGCUGGGUAAACACAGCCUGGAGGCCAGCGAGGACGGCUCCAUCGCCCAGAGGCCGGCGAACAUCUUCUCCCACGAAGACUACAACACCCUGCUGAGCCGGAACGACAUUGCUCUGAUCAAGCUUUCCUCCCCUGUCACCUUCUCUGAUACGAUCCAGCCUGCCUGCCUCCCGGACCAGGGACUCGUCCUGCCCCACGACACCCCGUGUUUCGUCACCGGCUGGGGUCGACUCUCCACCAGUGGUCCUUUAGCAGACAUCCUGCAGCAGGCUCUGCUGCGGGUCGUGGGCCACGACAUCUGCUCCCACCCGGACUGGUGGAGCGUGCUGGCCACGGAGAAGAUGGUCUGCGCCGGAGGAGACGGCGUCACUGCAGGCUGCAACGGAGACUCCGGCGGUCCUCUGAACUGCCAGAACAGCGACGGCUCGUGGGGGGUCCACGGCGUGGUCAGCUUCGGCUCGGGUGAGGGCUGCAACGUCGUCCAGAAGCCCACCGUCUUCACACAAGUCAGCUCCUACAUCGGCUGGAUCAACGCGGUGAGCCGCACUUUCAUUUCCCUGCAUCACAUCCUGAGGCUUUCACUCAUCUUGUGUUUAUCUGUGCUCUUGUUUUUACAGAUUAUAACAAACUACUGA